AUGACAAAAAGACAUAGCGGACGCGGAGUGGAGACUUCACCGGAUCUUGCCUUCAUAAAGCGCGGGCACCUAAACAUGCUUAUCCAUACCAAAGAUGGGGAACGGCGCCUUGUUCCAGUCGACUCUUUAGCGUUUAUCGACGACCCUCAAUUGGUGCGGGGCCGGACGAUGGAUCGGGUGAACUUCAACAAUGAAUGUGUCUUCAAGGUUACUCUAGAGUUCACGGAACCUAUCCCAUGUAUGGAAGAGAUAGCAGUGCGGGAGAUGACAGACUGGGUAUUGUGUUCCUGCAAGGGGAAUUACUCCUUUUAUUCCCCGGUAGAGAAACUGUUGGUUCUGCAGAACUGUAUGGUGUGUGUGCAGAGUAACGUUUUACCACUGGUGGACCCGUUCAUCCUUGUAUUAUUUUACGAUGAGGGGAGCUGGGUGGUGGAGCGUGUGCUAAAGUAA